AAUUUAAUUCAACAAAUAUUAAAUGCUUGUUUUGUAUAGAGAACAGUUGCUAGAUAUUAGGAAUUACCUAAAAAUCAGAGGAGACAUGAACCCUGCCUUUCUUGGACAUUGCAGCAUAAAAGGAAGGGAGGGAAAAAACCCACAAAUAACCGCAAUACACACUAUGACAUCUCCCUUUCCCCCCUCCUUUCCCCACAUAACUGGGAAAAUAAAAUGUCAGCAUCCCCAAAGGGAUAGUCAUGGCGAUGAGUGGGGAUGGUGACUUGUUGAGAUUAAAGACGUGAAGAAGGUCGGUGGGCAGAGGCGAUCCAAUGAAAACCCAGGAAACAGCCUAGAAAGAUCGAAGAAGCCUAUAGAUUUGCCUGUCUGGUUGGAGAACCUGGGGGGGAUCGGAUCGCGUAAGCUAUUCGAAAAGGACCUGAGGAAUGACAGGAAGAAGAAGGGGGGUGGGGAGAGGGAAAGGGAGGGAACGGGAGAGAGAAAGGCGCCACCACACUUCCCUGCUCCAGGCAGCAGGUAGCAAGAGACCCAGAUCGGAGCCGGCUGAAGCGCCUUCCACGGGAAAACCGGCGGCCCUCCCACUUGGGACAGCAAUGUUUCACAGAGCAACAGAAGAAUUCUGUUCCAAGCCAAGCAACAAUGCAAUGAAUGAGAUGGACACAUCAGAUACUCAGUGGGGCUGGUUUUACUUGGCAGAAUGUGGGAAGUGGCAUAUGUUUCAGCCGGACACCAACAUUCAGUGUUCAGUUAGCAGUGAAGACAUUGAAAAAAGCUUCAAAGAAAACCCCAUUGGUUCUAUCUCUUUUACUACUUCCAAAUACAGCUACAAGUUAGACUUUUCAGUAAUGAAGCAAAUGAAUCUGACGACUGGAAAACAGCGCUCCAUAAAACGAGCCCCCUUUUCCAUCACAGCAUUCAGUUAUAUCUGUGAGAAUGAGGCUAUUCCUGUACCAUCCCAUUGGGAGAAUGUGAACACUGAAGAACCCUAUCAGCUUAUUCCUUUGCACAAGCAAACGAAUGAAUACAACGAAGUUGCCAAUCUCUUUGGGAAAACCGUGGACAGCAACCGAAUUAAAAGAAUUCAGAGGAUUCAGAACCUUGACUUGUGGGAGUUUUUUUGCAGGAAAAAGGCUCAGCUCAAGAAGAAGAGGGGUGUGCCUAAGAUUAAUGAACAAAUGCUAUUCCAUGGCACCAGCAGUGAAUUUGUGGAAGCAAUCUGCAUUCAUAACUUUGAUUGGCGGAUAAAUGGUAUCCACGCUGCUGUUUUCGGGAAAGGGACCUAUUUUGCCAGAGAUGCUGCAUACUCCAGUCGCUUUUGCAAAGACGACAUGAAGCACGGGUCUACUUUCCAGAUCCAUGGGGUCAACUUGCAGCAGCGACACUUAUUCAGAACAUACAAAUCCAUGUUUCUUGCGCGAGUGUUAAUUGGAGAUUACAUAAAUGGAGACUCCAAAUACAUGCGCCCUCCUUCCAAAGAUGGGAGCUUUGUGAAUUUAUAUGACAGCUGUGUAGAUAAUACCUGGAACCCAAAGAUCUUUGUCGUUUUUGAUGCCAAUCAGAUCUAUCCUGAGUAUUUAAUAGAAUUCCACUGAUCUGUUGUCUGAGUGGUAAUUAUGGAUGGUUUCUGCCUCUUUGUAAAAGGAAUAGAUAUAUCUGUUACAGUCCCUAAGUGUUUAGUAUUCUGACCAACUUUUGAAACAGAUGUGAUGAGUGGCUUCUACCUUAAAAACGCACUGGGCCUUAUGUAUUUCUUUCAAAGGAUUAGUUAGGAAAUAAAUGAUACCAUUGCCUUUUAAGAAAUAAGGUAGCAAAGAAGCUUAUUCAGAGCUGAAAUAACAGCCUCACUUAAUAUAAGCAUUCAAAAGUUUUGAAAGUUUACUUGUCUGUUAACAGAAUGUGGUUUUUCCAAUUUAAAGGCUAAAGAAUUCCUACCUUAAGUCUUUGGGAGAAAUACAGAUCUUGGCAUAAAUGUACUGUGCUGUAAUUUCCAAACUUUUGUAAGAAUUUACCCUUUUUGAUGUAACUCUCAUGUUGUGCUGCUUUGUGUGCUUUCUGGAGAGUGAAAUUUCAAACUCUUGUAGAUUAAACGGAUGAGAAAUAGCUGCAGUGCUAUCUCAAGAGGUGAUAAGACAAAGCCCAGGUACAGUGCACUACUGUUUCAAAUUUCCUUGGGAAAGCAUGCUGCAAGGCCCAGACUUGCUUCCAUCAUUCAGUGUUCUCUUCUCCAGCUGAAUUGACAAAGGCUGUAGGCCACUGAGCCUACAGUCCAUUCACAGCUCCUCAGGGGCUGUCUGCACCAAAUCCUGCUGCACAAGGUGUAUAUCCUGUUCUGAAAAGUGUGACUUUUUAAUUUAUUGCUCUGAACCCCCUUUUCCCUGUUUGUUUCUUGGAGUGUCUUCUGUGAACUUGAGAUUUAUAUCUCUUUCCUACUAUUCCCUUGUGAUUUACGUAACUUAGUUACAUUUCGAUUCUGUGUGUCUCCAUGUUGUAUUAAUACAAAGUUUGUAGCACUUUGGAAGGUUUGCUAUGUACUUGUAAGUAGCAGUGGACAAUCUUUUGAAAACUUAGGUACAAUUCACAAAUCCAUUUUAUGGAGGCCUUUUCUACAUUCCAUCUAUUUUGAUAUUUUAUUAUAAGGAAGAGCUGGUGCCAAACUUUUCCUUGGAAACUUUUCUCAGCUUAUAUGUACACUUUGAGGGGUUGUUGUUUCUACAUUAGCAUCAUUAGACAUUUUCAGCCUGAGGUUAAAACUAACUUCCCAGCAAGAUCUGGUCUAAUAUCCUAUGGUCUCUCUCUAUAUCAUAGUAUAGGCUGGUAAAGUAGUUAGAAAUGAAAUGUGUGAAGAACAAGGUUAUUCUUGUUGACUGAUCUUCAGGAGUCAUAUUUUUCCUAAGUUUUUCUAAUAACUGACUGCAUGUGUAAGCACCCCUAAAAGAAAUACUAUGUAUAGUACCUACUUUGAAAUGCUUGCUCAGUGCAGCAAAGCCUUGCCUCAAACGUCUACACCAAUCAGCCUGUAUAGAUGAAGUGAGCUAAGGUAAUUAGUGAGUAAAGUUAAUUGUGAUAGGGGGAAACAUUGAGGAAAUGAACUACAAAUGAAUCCAGAGAUCACUGGGCAGUCAUUCUGAGGUGACAAGGUGAUGGCUAGUUGAAGAAAGGGAGAAACAAUAUUACUGACAUUAGGAAUUCAGGGUAAGAUUGUUUUGCGAAAUGAGCAGUUAUUUGUCCUUGAAAACUUUUCUCAUUUUCCUCUCUCCAGCAAGAUAUGUCUUUCAACCUCAGGAUGAAUGUUUUUUCCAUUGUUUCCAUGACCAUCAUAAUGGAAUAAAUAAGGUGGAAGGUUGAGGUCUCCUUUUCCAAAACUGUGUUCAAAUCCAGGCUGUGAGCCCAAAGUGGGGUCCCAACAAAGCAGUGUAUAGUAACUCUGAGCUUAACCAGUUGACUGACAUACAGUAGCCUUUUCAAAAGAAGGUAAGAAAAGAUAUGCUGUAUCUUGCCUAAAUUUGCUGAGAAUGCACUGCUAUUAACUUUUUCAUUGAUACAUUUUGUUUUGACAUGAUAAAUAUUUCCCAAUAAAUACUCAACCCUCACUACAAACAAACUACAUUCCUCAAAGCAUGCUAUCCAUAACAGGAUAAGCUUAAUAGCAAGAUUAUGUCAUAGCACAUGAUAGUUUUCAUGUUUGUAGUUGUGAACAGACCCAAUUAAACCUGAGGACAGAAUUAGAGGCUUUUACAAAUGUUAGUUCUUGGUUUUAUUCUUCAGAAAGUUGAAUUGGGAAUUAUCAUCCACAUUUGAUAAGUAAUGUGAUGCCUGGACUCAUUCAUUUACUGUCCUUUUAGUGAAGAAAAGAUUGUCCUAAGUUAACAGAAUAUUUUAAAUGUAAUUAGUUGAAUGGUGUGAAUUCCUGUUUUUUGUAAUUUUUCCUUCUUGGAAUGUGAUGAGAUAGAAAGCAAAAGAGUGUGUAGGAAAACAUCAUUUGAUGAAGCUUUCGGUAAUGAAAUGAGCAGAUUUCAAAAAAUGAGCACAUUUCAUGUUCAGAAUGUAGAUGUUGCUAGUAAGGAAUUUGGAGACAUUUUUGAUAGACUAAAUAAAGUGGUUUUACACGCA